AUGGGUGAAGAACGUGCUACCUCUUUGCCCUCAAAUAUCACCAAGCACGCAAAGCGCAAAACGAAGAUGUCUACUCCAUCUUACUGGAGCUCUCUCUUCAAGAAAUCAUCCAAGUUAAGCUUCAAGCCAAUGGGUAUCAUUAGAUUUAUCAUCGGCCCGGAUCGACACUCUUGCGAUAUUCACAAGGAGGCUGCUUGUCGUCAUUCCCCAAUCAUCAGUUCAGCAUGGGAUGCGGCAUUCGACAGCGAGCUCGAUGAGAACAACAGAUUGGAGUAUCGCCUGGAAAGCACAACUCUUCGUGUAUUUGAAAUGAUCGUGCAAUUCCUCUAUACGGCGAAUUUCGACUUUAAAAUGGUUAAGUUCAACAAGGACGAUUUCGAUGCCCGUCUCUCGAAUCUGAUUGGUCUCUGGAUUUUGACCGGAGAGCUUGGUAUGCACACUCUCCAAAUCCUAACCCUCAAAGAGCUUGGGGAGAUUUGGUACGAACACAAACUCCCUCUAUCUGUCGAAGCCCUCAGCCUCGUACACGACCGCACGGGUCCGGAGAGCAUGCUUCGAGCAUUUAUCGUCCCCAUGAUUGAUGCUCAUGAUGAGGUUUCUACUAUCAAGGUUCCAGAGGGUUGCCCGACAGAGUUGCAGAUGGAUUUGGUGUUUUGUUUGUGGAGGACAACAGAAAGCAAGUCCGCGUCGGAGCCGAAAAACUCUUCGUCGAACGCCGAUGGAUGA